UAUUCCACUAAACAGCUUGAAGAUUUAUUAUCAGUACAAAUCCAAUCAAAAUUGCUGCGAAGUUUGGCCUCGGCAUUCUAAUAUAGUGUUUCGCUGGCGCAUAAGAAAUGCUCAGCGUUGCACUAGUUACAAUGCCGAUGCCGAUUUAUUGUCGGUGAUAUUUGACUUCUCUUAUGAACUUCGGUCUGAAGUUAAUCUAAAUGCACAACAUCUAAACAAAGCCAUUCACCCUGUUCUCCCUUUAUUUCUAUCUAAGACAUUUCUAUCACUUAUUUGAACGCGUUGCUGCGGGAAACAGCAACCCUUGUUUAUAACACACUCGUAUUUAUUUCUCAGUGACCAACUGCCAAAGCCACUCCAACUCUUUCAUUUCAAUGAAUACAUUUUCUUAUUUUUAAACUAAACCGUCCCAUCACCAGAGCAGGACAAUGUCGAAAAAACUAGCCACAGAGAAUAGCGUCCACAAGGAGCAGGAACCGGGCGUAAUUAGCAAUGCCAUGCUUACGAAAGCCAUCAUCGAACAAGGCCACAAGGGAGAAGCCGGCCGGUUGGCUCGCAUGGAUGAAAUUCAGUUGGAUUUGAUCACUGUCAUUCGGUUGGAGUUUCAAAAUAUUCUUAAAAUCGAUCAUCUUUGGGUUUUGAAGAAUUUGGAAAUACUAUCGUUGGCGUUCAACAAAAUUGAUAAAAUUGAAAAUCUCCAUAGAUUAACGAAACUCAAGGAACUGAAUUUGUCAUUCAAUUUUAUUGAGAAAAUUGAAAAUCUCGAUCAACUGGUGCUACUCAGAACGUUGUCGCUGUAUGGAAAUCGAAUCAAAAAGUUGGAAAACCUGGAUUCCUUGGAGAAUUUGGUCAUUUUUAGUGCCGGGAAAAAUAAAAUUGAUACUGUCGUCGGAUUGGAAAGGCUAAGAUUUUUGAAAGAUUUACGAUCACUGAACUUGGCAGAAAAUCCAAUUGCUGAGGAUAAAGACAAACCGUUAAGACUGUACGUGGCUUGUUUGUUGCAACAUUUAAAAUAUUAUCAAUACGUACUCAUCAAACCGGAAGAGCGGGAAUCUGGAAAGGAAAUUUUCACCCGAGAACUACAAGAUAUUCUUGAGAAUGAAAAGUUCGAGAUAGUGGAAAGAGAACGAAUUGCGAAAGAGAAAGCAGAUGAGGUGUAUCUCUCCAAAAGCUUCGUUGAACACCUCAAUGGGCACCAAUUGUUCGAAUCGCUUUUUAUCGACGACCCUGACGGCGAAGCACUACUGGCAAUUGGCGAGGAUGCUGUGGAGCUAAAAAAUGAGUAUAUGACCGAGGCCUACACAUUCACGCAGCAAAUAUACAAAAUUGGCCUGGAGCAAUACGAACGUCGCCAGAAGGAAAUCCAGCUGUACAAUAACUGCAUCGAGAUGGAACGAAAGAAAGCGCAAAAAAUUGGCCAAGACAUCAUCAAUCGUUUUUUGGAGGUGUAUAACCGCGUAUGCCCUAAGGUGAAGCAAAUCGUGACAAAGCUAAGGCCGAGUUCUCUUCAGAGGAUGGAUUCACCUUUGCCAUCGCCGUCGGCGCACAGCAUUCAGCCGUUUUUGGAUGAACUUGAUUUGGCCAAGGACGAAUUCAAUUCCAUCUUCGAGGACUCGUGGCACACGUUGAUGAGUAUCGAGAUGCAGCUAUUCGAGCGAACCGAAGAGGGCAAUUCUAACUUCGAAAACACCAUCAAAGAGAUGACCAAUGAGUUCAUCGAGCUGUCUCAGGCCCAGUUCGUGCUGAUGCGUGAAGCAGAAAUCAAUUUCAGCGAUGCACUCGUUGGAAUUGUACAGCAGUUUGUGACUUUUAAGGCAGCGUCGGGUCAUGCUAAGGAUAUUCCGAAGGGGUUGCAGGAGUCUUUGGACGACAAAGAUGUAAUCAAUAACUUGGCCGCUGGAAUGCGUGACCACCACAUGCAGGUGAUAGACGCUCGUGAGGACAAACUGAUCAAUCGGAGCCGUAACUGGGUCAGAGAACUCUGUGAUGGCCUACAACAAUCGGAGAUCAAACGGAACCGUGCCAAAGUGCUCGAGAUCACGUAUUUUUUGGACCACCAUCGUCAGCUGUUUUACGCAUUGUUUGAAGACGUCGUACCGGCCAAGGAGGAAAAGAAAAGACUGUUUUCGAAGGUGCACUUCUCAGAUGAAUGAUUAAUUUAGGAUGAUUAUCUAUUUCACGUACCUAUAUCACAACCCAUAUUUUUGAUAAAUUGUUUCUUAUCUUUUGGUAAACUUACUCAGUGAAAAUUAGGACUCCUUUUUGAAUUAUUUGCUUUCUCAUUUUUAUCCAAAGAAACGUUGCCGAUCGCUUCAAAAUGUCAAUACAUAUUGUAGAUAUUGCCCCAGGUA